CAUUUACCCUGGGGGCUACACCUCGACAGCAAGACUCUCCAAAACCUGUCACAUGUGUAACUCUCGCCUCAGUUAGAGCCGCCUGUGCGAGCUCCACGAGUCUGUGCUCCUUUAGAUGAAUUUGCUCCUUUACUCCUUCACGAUUGGGAAGGGAGGUGAUUCUCCUCGGCCGCCAUUUUUAGGGAACUGCCUAUCGAAGAGAGAAACUUUGCCUGCUCGUUAGCAGCUAGCUAGUUGGCCAGUAGCCUGUCUGACUGCCAGUUCGUUGUGACACUGAACGCCUGACAGUCGUUAGCCGGGUCAGCUCGUCUCACGUUGAUAUAAACGAUCCCUGCGGGCGGCCAGUGUACAUGACACACACAUCUGUUAGUGCUGAAGUGGACGCUUGAGGUCGACUUGAAGUCAGCGUCGUCUGUACAUCGGGUACGGCAAAUUAGUGCGAUUAGAUCGGCGAAUUAGCAUUGCUAACUUAUUAGCCAGCGGAUUCCCACUUUGAUUGCCUCGUCUGUGAUUUAGCGUCAGCGACUGUGUUCAUGGUGACUGGAUCAAUCGGCCACUUACACCACACUGCUCGACCUGUGUGGAUUCAUCUUGACCAGGUGCCCAUGUGCUGGUUCCCUAGGCCCAUCCAUUACUGCAGAUGAAUCUUCAGCUGCUUUGGCGUAGCUCAGCACCCAGAUAGUCCCAUCCCCUUUGCGUGGGUGAUAAGGGACUACAUUUUACAGGAUGCCCUCCUCUGUAAGGGCAGGGAGCCUGAAGGAUCCAGAGGUGGCUGAGCUUUUCUUCAAGGAAGACCCAGAGAAGCUUUUCUCUGACCUCCGAGAGAUUGGCCAUGGCAGUUUUGGCGCUGUCUACUUUGCACGGGAUGUGCGCACGAAUGAGGUGGUGGCAAUUAAAAAGAUGUCCUACAAUGGCAAACAGUCUAAUGAGAAAUGGCAGGACAUCAUAAAGGAGGUGAAGUUUCUCCAGCGGAUCCAACACCCCAACAGUAUAGAGUACAAAGGCUGUUACCUCCGUGAGCACACAGCAUGGCUGGUGAUGGAGUACUGUCUUGGCUCAGCCUCCGAUCUGCUUGAAGUACAUAAAAAACCUUUGCAAGAAGUUGAGAUUGCUGCCAUUACACAUGGUGCUCUGCAGGGGCUGGCCUACCUUCAUUCCCACAAUAUGAUCCACAGGGAUGUGAAGGCAGGUAACAUUCUGCUGACUGAGCCCGGGCAGGUCAAACUGGCAGACUUCGGCUCUGCCUCCAUUGCCUCACCUGCCAACUCCUUUGUGGGAACGCCAUAUUGGAUGGCCCCGGAGGUGAUUUUAGCUAUGGACGAGGGCCAGUAUGAUGGGAAGGUGGAUAUUUGGUCCUUAGGUAUCACCUGUAUAGAAUUAGCGGAGAGGAAGCCUCCCUUGUUUAACAUGAAUGCAAUGAGUGCCUUAUACCACAUAGCGCAGAAUGAGAGUCCCACACUGCAAUCCAGUGAAUGGACGGAUUACUUUAGAAACUUUAUCGAUUCAUGCCUUCAGAAACUCCCCCAGGACAGACCACACUCUGAUGACAUGCUGGGUCAUGCGUUUCUGCAGCGUGAACGUCCAGACUCCGUGCUGAUGGAUCUUAUUCAGAGGACCAAGGAUGCAGUGCGAGAGCUGGACAAUCUGCAGUACCGCAAGAUGAAGAAGAUCCUGCUGCAGGAGGCCCACAACGGGCCCACAGCAGAAGUCCAGGAUGGGGACGAGGAGCUAGAGCCGGGAGGUGGUCGGACAGGAACGGUGAACAGUGUCGGCAGUAAUCAGUCCAUACCCAGCAUGUCCAUCAGCGCCAGCUCCCAGAGCAGCUCUGUCAACAGUCUGAACGAAGCGGCCCAGGACAGCCGCAGCGAGCUGGACCUGAUGGAGGGAGACCACACAGUCAUGUCCAACAGCUCCGUCAUACAUCUCAAACCGGAAGAAGAGGAGAGUUUCUCUGGGGAGCCGGCAGCCACCAGUCAACCCUCUGAGCCGCAGCCAACACCUGCUCAGGCCCCAAGGAAGCACUACCGCAACAGAGAGCACUUUGCCACCAUACGCACAGCGUCACUCGUGACCCGUGAGAUGCAGGAACAUGAGCAGGACUCGGAGCUGCGGGAGCAGAUGUCGGGAUACAAGCGCAUGAGGCGGCAACAUCAGAAACACCUGAUGGCCCUGGAGAACAAGCUGAAGGGGGAGAUGGAUGAGCACAGGCUGAGGCUGGACAAAGAGCUGGAGAGUCAGAGGAACAACUUCACCCAGGAGAUGGAGAAACUGCUCAAAAAACACCAGGCGGCCCUGGAUAAAGACCUGAAGACGUUUACCAACGAUGAGAAAAAGUUCCAGCAGCACAUCCAGGUGCAGCAGAAGAAGGAGCUUAGCAGCUUCCUGGAGUCACAGAAGCGGGAGUACAAACUACGCAAGGAGCAGCUCAAAGAGGAACUGAGUGAGAACCAGUCGACUCCCAAGAAAGAGAAGCAGGAGUGGCUGUCCAAGCAGAAGGAGAACAUCCAGCACUUCCAGGCAGAGGAGGAGGCCAACCUGUUGAGGAGACAGAGGCAGUACCUGGAGCUAGAGUGUCGGCGGUUCAAACGCAGGAUCCUCAUCGCCAGACACAAUGUGGAGCAGGAUCUGGCCAGAGAGGAGCUGAAUAAACGGCAGACACAGAAGGACCUGGAACACGCCAUGCUGCUCAGACAUCAUGAAUCAAUGCAGGAGCUGGAGUUCAGGCACCUGGGGACGAUCCAGAAAGCGCGGGCAGAGUUGAUCCGGACCCAGCACCAGACAGAACUCACCAACCAGCUGGAAUACAAUAAGAGGAGGGAGAGGGAGCUUAGGCGCAAGCAUGUCAUGGAGGUCCGACAGCAGCCCAAGAGCCUCAAGUCUAAGGAGCUUCAGAUUAAGAAGCAGUUCCAAGAGACUUGUAAAACCCAGACCAGGCAGUACAAGGCCCUCAGAAACCAUCUGCUGGAGACUACACCCAAGUCUGAACACAAGGCUGUGCUCAAGAGGCUGAAGGAGGAGCAGACCAGGAAGCUGGCCAUCCUGGCUGAGCAGUAUGACCACUCCAUCAACGAAAUGCUCUCUACACAGGCUCUGCGGUUAGACGAGGCUCAGGAAGGCGAGUGUCAGGUUCUAAGGAUGCAGCUGCAGCAGGAGCUGGAGCUGCUCAAUGCGUACCAGAGCAAGAUCAAGAUGCAAACAGACGCUCAGCACGACAAGGAGAGGAGGGAACUGGAGCAGAGGGUCUCUUUGCGUAGGGCUCUGCUGGAACAGAAAAUCGAGGAGGAAAUGCUCGCCCUGCAGAACGAGCGCCUGGAGCGGAUCCGCUCCCUGCUGGAGCGUCAGGCCCGAGAGAUCGAGGCUUUUGACUCGGAGUCCAUGCGGCUGGGCUUCAGCAACAUGGUCCUCACUAACCUGGCUCCCGAUUCCCAGGGAGGCUGGGGGGGAGGGGGUGGAGGAGGCCACGGGGCUCAGGGGGGAGGCCACUGGCCUGGGGGAAGUGGAGGAGGCGGCCACCAUAGUCAUCACCACCAGGGGGGCUCCAGCUCACAGCAGCCCUGGGGUCACCCCAUGCUGGCUGGGGGCCCACCGCCCUGGAGCCUCCACCACCCUGGAGGCGGGAGUCAGAGGGGGAGCGGAGGAGGGGCAGGAGGGGUGAGGAACAGCCCACAGGCUAUGAGGAGGACGUCAUCUGGGGGGAGGAAUGAACAGGGCAUGAGCAGGAGCGCCAGCAUCACCUCUCAGAUCUCCAAUGGAUCCCACCUGUCGUACACCUAGAACACACACACACACACACACACACACACAAGCAACACAGUAAUUUGUCCUCAAGGAACAUUCUUGUGAGCUAACACUGUACACACACACACACACACACCAUGCAUGCACCGCACAUACUUUACAUACACUUGUUGAUGUCUUGACACACACUGCACAGUAUAGAGAUUGGGUUUACUUCAGCCCAGUUUCUCUCCCAUCACCACUGCUCUCAUACAUCAGUGUACUGCUAGCAGCAGUUUGUGGAAACCCAAAAGUCUUGAGACUCAACCAAGAUGGCUGAGGACCAUAUACAGUAUGCUAGAGUGCAAUAGUGUCAUUUUUUACUUUAGCCUACAGUGCUAUUUUAAGUGUUAUAUAUUUGCCAUGUUAGUCUCUGUUGCCAUAGCCAAAGUAGUAUAUUCAUAUUAUCUAUCAUGGAGUUUAUUAUCUAGAGUUGGUGCAGUAUACUGUUUUAUACAUAUGCAGGGUAAAUCUGAUGCUUUCAGAUGCUGUGGUAGCACAAUAGGAUGCAUCAUGGGAACAUUUUAAUUCAAGUUACCAAUUUUUUUUUAAAUAACAUUUAAAAAGUUGUCCUCGUUCAAAUUCCUUCAAACUACGUCACAGCUCAAGAUUUAAGCACAGACUGAAGGAGACAGUUUAAUGAGAUUAUUGUUUAUGUGCAGUUACGGGAAAAUGGGAAUGCAGGAGGUCACGCAUGGGUCUGAUUUAAGACUGAUGACUGAACAGGCAGGUUGAGAACAGGUUCGACACGUCUAGAAGGAAAACGAAAAGAGAGGGAAUGUUGUUGUAAGUGAGCAUCGGUGGGUAUCUCUGACUUGAAGGUCAUAGCACAAGGAGGGCUAAGGUGUGACGAAUAGCUAAAAGUUCGCAAUCUGUCAUUCCAGCUGUCAUGGAGCUUAUCCUCCUCCAGGGAGGAAGUCUAACCAGUGAAAUCACCUGGUGCAGUGUUUUACCGAACCAAAAAAAACAUGUACUAUCAGUCCUCAAUUCCACACAAUUUCGUAGUUCUUGAAGUUAGGAGUUAUUGUGUGCUGCGAGCAGGGCUGCAAAGAUGCCAAAGGUAAGGGUGCAGAACCUGUUUUGUCGUUUUAAUUAUCCAUGCCAACAUACUGUUGUGUGUUUAAUGAGAUUGUGCCAGAGAUGAUGAUUUAGAAUAAUACCAUGCGGCCAAGUAGAUGCAAUUGUUACUGGAGCCAUAUCUCGUGCACACUCGGCCUUAUAGGCUCAGCUCUUGGGUUUCCACAGACCUCUGCACUUCACCCACACAUGCCCAGGCGGACGGCCCUCACGACAGGGAUGGGUUUUCAGCAGCGCCUAACCUACUUUAAUAGUUUCAGAACUGUUGUUUACUCUUCGCUUGUUCGCAGUCAUUUACAGGACAAAUUUAGCGCCGUGUUAGUCAGUUAAAGUGAGGCACUUCGCAGUUAAAAAAAAAACUUUCUUCGACAAAUCGAACAAUGCCUGUUGGCCUACCUCAAGAAAACUCAAGUAGAGCUUCACCACAGGGUUUCGUGACUUGACAAUGACUUGCACUUCGGCACAGGCCUUCUACUCCACACUAAAUAUUAAUCAGACAUAUUUACACACACACACAUACAUACAAAAGUUAAUAAUUUGAAAGUAUAUCCCUUUGCACACUUGGCUGAUGAAUGCAUGUACAUGGGUAGAUUUUAUGAAAAUGGGAUUUGGGACAAAAAAAAGCGAAAGAUAGUGCACUUAGCAGUUGUUAGCUGAGUUGUCUCACUGAGCAGCAUUUGUGUGGAGGCAACGAUAUACAUAUCGGUUUCCUAAAAAUAUCCCUGUGUGUUUUUGAUUUUUAAAAAGUUCAUUGUAAAAAGAAAAGAGAUAGUGGAUGAGCAGGGAGCGUGAUAAGAGGAGCUUCACUCGCCUUCCGCUGGUUGGUGACUGCUGAAUGUCUGUCUUAGUGGGCAGAUGGGCGGUGAUGCUGUGAUCUUCGCUGCCAUGCCCCUGCAACCAUCCCCCAGUCUGACACCCCGCUCUGUCUCACCCCUGCUGACCCCGAUGUCAUGUUCUGACAACCGAUCUCCCCCUCGUCUCCCUCCACCUCCAUUUCCUCCCCUCCUGAGCCUGGUGUGGUCGUCACCUCCUCCCUGAUCUAUUUGGAAAGAGCUCUUCAAGUGAAAGAAAAGAAGAAAAUAUAUGUAUAGAAAUCUAUAAUAAUAAAAAAAAGGAUUAUAGAGAUAAAGGUGGAAGUCUUAGUCUGAAAUGCAGAGCUUUAUGCAUUAUAUGAAUUUCAGAGGUGGAAUGUACAGGAAACUGUUAAUAUUGUAUAUUUUGAAUUUGAAAAUAUGUAAAUCUAAUUGACAAAUCAAAGACAAAUUAACCUGUUGUGAUGCGGACAGAGUGACGUGGUUUUAGACCAGCGGUAUUCAAAUGAACAAUUCUACAGCCGCUGGGUUUUCACUGUCUUACUUGCAACUGUGAGUUCUGAAACAUGUUACAGAAAUUCUGUUGUGAAUAAUAACACAACUCUAGAUUGCCUUGAGUAAAUGGCAAUAUGUUUUGUUUGAUGCUGAAUGAGGAUGGUUUUUGCACAGAAUCUGAAAUGUAGUUAGGUGUAGCCUUUGCUUUAGCAAUGGCUAUAUUUUACUGACAUGAUACCCAAAAUAGUGGACUUAACCUGUCUAUUUAGGUUUUUCAUGGUAUUUAGACAUAAAGGUAAGGUUAUUAUAACAUAGAGGAAAUAAAUGUCUUUCAAAGAUCUUUAAAAAUCUGAAAAACUGCUGAAUUCUGAAAUACUUGGUUGCAUUAACAAUACUUGGUGCACUCCACAAACCUGAAAAUGUUUCCAAAUUCUUGCACAAGACAGUGAAAAUAUAUCUGUUGUUUGAUAUCUACGAAGGGUUACUCUUAGGUGUUGUGGGGUCCACUGAUAUUAUUUGGACUUUUAUUUCUGAUUUAUGAAACAUGCACCCUUUCUUUUUUGUUGUGGUUAUACACAAAGCAUUUUCACACUGCACUUAAGUAUUUGCCUUUUUUGUGUGUUUUUUUUCUUACCACCCUGCACUCAGAACUCAUAACCCUGUUGUUUUGUUGGCUCAGUUCUCAAAACAAAACAAACGAACAAAAAAAAAAAAAAAAACAGGAUGUAGUGGUCCCACUUCAGCCAGUAUGCCAUAGUACCCAACAUCUUUUUAUCAAACUUUUUUUUUCAGUUCUGUAGUGUUUUAUUUCCUUUUAUGCCAGAAAGGGUUGUUUUAUUUUCCAGAUGAUGUCUGCAGAGGGCCAAAUGAUUUUUAGACCUUCUGUUGUGUUUACUAGAACUUUCAGGUGUUUUUUGCGAGGCAGUCGGGGCAGAGUCUAGCUUUAGACCUUGGUCACUCUGAACUGGAUCAGUUGCACUGAUUGCACAAGUGAUUGACCAGAUUAAAGAGUCUACUGUGAUCCCCCUCAGUUGCGCUGAGGGACAGCUGCCAUUGGCUGAAAGUAGGCGGAGGGCAGGGUUACAUCUCUGUACAGUAUUGUGUAUCAGUAUUCCCUUUAUCUCCCCCUGUCAUUUGGUCGAUCUUGCUGUUUUAUUCUCCGUAGUCCAGAGACCUGUAUUAAACUGUAUUAAAUUGUAUAGAUUGUGCAAAAAGCUGAAUGUCGCAUAGCAGAAGAGAAAAAGCUAUUCCUUACAGAUGAUAAAGUGAUUUAAAAUGUAUAAAAGAAAUUCAGAAACAAAGUUUAGGGGAUACAUGUAAUAUUUUGUUUGUAAUUACUAUUUUUUGUUGGAAGAGGGCUACUGGAUAAAGAAUCAUCUGUAAUAAAGUAAUUUUAAUAUUU